CCUGCCAUCGCGGUCACUUUGUCCUCCUGUCGCGUGGUGUCCUUGUGCGGCAUCUCCACUGCGAGCUGGGAUACGCACGUCUUGCCUUGGGGCAGCGAUUCGCCUGUCGAGAACCUCAAGUCUGUGCCUGUGCCUGUGCCUGUGCCUGAGCCUGACUCUGAGCCUGAGCCUGUGUCCGUGUCCGUGUCCGUGUCUGUCCGGACUCCCAAGCAUUCAUUUGCUUGUGCGCGCGCUCAGCAGAGUCGACAACGGCUUCGAGGCCCGUCGGGACAAUCCGCAACACCAUCACCAUCGCCCUCGGUGUUGGCUUCGAUCUACUGCCACCGACAGUAUCCCCGGAAAGCCUCGUCUGACCCAAGAGCCGGCUUCUCCCUCGAGUCUGCUUAAGGCGUUGGAGAGAUCAUGCCGCGGCGGCUCGCAAACCCCUUCUCCUCCAGCCAGUCUGCCAUGUCAGCGUCCGAAAAGACUGGCGAACGACGUCUCUCGGCCUCCAAGACCAACCGGUUGAGCCAGCUCUUCUCGUCCAGCCCAAAGUCCAAGGACCAGGCCGCCAUGCAUCAAAGCCAGAUGAGCACCGUCUCGCCGUCCACGGUGUCGCUGCCCACCAUUUCGCUGUCCACCGCGACGGGCGAGCCCAACACGGCCGAGCCCACCACGACGCUGUUCAAGCCUCAGUCGGCCGAGGAGGUGGAGCGACGACGACGCGCCGAGUCUCAAUUCGCUCCGCUGCUCUCCCCGGAGCACCUGUACGUCAGCCAGGCCCAUGGCAAGCCCUUUACGCGGCCGAUUGAGGACGAGCCGGCCUACUACUAUCUCUUGACCACGUACCUGAGCUACCUGGCUCUCAUCCUGUUUGGACACGUCCGCGAUUUCUUUGGCAAGCGGUUUGGCGACCGCAAGCGCUACGCGCCCCUCAAGGUGCACAACGGCUUCGCUCCUCUCAACGAUGACUUCGACAGCUUCUACAGCAGGCGGCUCAAGCUCCGCCUGGACGAUUGCUUUGCCCGCACCACUGUCGGCGUCCCCGGCCGCUACAUCACCCUCAAGGACCGCAAGUCGGACGACUACAACUACACCUACCGUUACACCGGCACCCACACUGAGACCCUAAACAUGAGUUCCUACAACUAUCUCGGUUUUGCUCAGUCGGACGGUCCCUGCGCCGAUGCCGUCGAGGAAUGCGUCAGGAAGUACGGAGCCACCUUUGCCAGCCCCCGGGCUGACAGCGGCACUUCGGAUCUGGCCCUCGAGGUCGAGCGCGAAAUCGCCUCGUUUGUUGGAAAGCCCGACGCCAUGGUCUUCUCCAUGGGCUACGUCACCAAUGCCAGCACGUUCCCUGCGCUUGUGUCCAAGGGCUGCCUGAUCAUCUCCGACGAGCUCAACCACGCCUCCAUUCGAAUCGGUGCCCGUGUUUCCGGCGCCGUCAUCCAGUCUUUCAAGCACAACGACGUCGAGGCCCUGGAGCGCGUCCUCCGCGAGGCCAUCUCCCAGGGCCAGCCAAGGACUCACCGCCCCUGGAAGAAGAUCCUCGUCGUUGUCGAAGGCCUCUACUCCAUGGAAGGCAGCAUGGUCAACCUGCCCGGCAUCCUGGCUCUGAAGCGCAAGUACAAGUUCUACCUGUUCAUCGACGAGGCUCACUCCAUCGGCGCCCUGGGACCCCGCGGCCGCGGCAUCUGUGAUUACUACGGCGUCGACCCUUCGGAGAUUGACAUCCUCAUGGGCACCUUGACCAAGUCCUUCGGCGCCAACGGAGGCUACAUCGCCGCCGAGAAGCACAUCAUCGACAAGCUCCGUGUGACCAACGCCUCCACCAUCUUCGGCGAGGCGCCUGCCCCUUCGGUUCUCAUGCAGAUCCUGACGUCCCUGAAGCUCAUCAACGGCGAGAUCAGCCCCGGCCAGGGUGAAGAGCGCCUGCAGCGCAUCGCCUUCAACUCUCGCUAUCUCCGCCUCGGACUCAAGCGUCUCGGCAUGAUUGUCACUGGCGACGACGAUUCACCCAUCAUCCCUGUCCUGCUUUACCACCCCGGCAAGAUGCCCGCCUUCAGCCGCCUGAUGCUCGCCCGCAAGAUCUCCGUCGUCGUCGUCGGUUACCCGGCCACUCCGCUCAUCAGCUCGCGUGCUCGCUUCUGCGUCUCUGCCGCCCACAACAAGGAUGACCUCGACCGGUUGCUCAUCGCCUGCGACGAGAUUGCCGACCUGCUGCAGCUCAGGUACUCGACGGGUAUUGCCGGAGGCUUGGAGCCGCUUCCCGAGGGCGUGGCGCCCGAGGACGAGGCCGAGUGGAGGAAGGCCAAUGGCAUUCCCAUCAAGCCCCCCAGGUGGAAGGUUGAGGAUGUCAUUGCGCGAGGCGUCGCUGACUGCAAGCUUCCCCUGCGAUGAUUGUCACUUCCAUUGGUCUUUGUGUGAAUUUACUUUUUUUAUCAUGAAUCUUGUGGGCAAGCCAACAACAUCCUUCCCCCUCCCUUGAAACAAAAGACACUUAG